CACUGUGGGGACUCCUGCAGAUAUCUGCUUUCAAUGUGAUUUUGACCUGGACCCUGGCUUGAGGUAAAGAAGCACUGCUGUCUGAGUCUUCUGCUGAGUGUUACCAUCAUGUUGGCAGCGUGACUGCAACCUGCCUGCAGGAAGCAAUGGCAGCUACAUGGAAUAUCCUUCAUUCUAUUAGCUGGCCUACUGUGACAGUAAGAAUUUUCAUACUGAUGAAAUAUGACCUUCUACCGACCAUCAGUUCUGGAUAUGGAGACAAUUUGGAAUGGAGAUACCAUUUACUCACCUGAAACAACAGUGGCAGAAGUGGUAGUGUCUGCAUGGAUCACCUUUGGCAAAAUGGCCUCAGUAACAACAGCUGGUAAGAUAAAAGCGAGAAUAUAAACAGCGAAUGGGAAUGGAGAACCCAAAGCUGGAUCAAAAUACAAUUGUCCCAAAUGGCUGUUUAAGAGAGGAAGACAAGAAUCAGCUAGAUUCAUAACCAGGUAAUUACAAAGAGACUUUGAAAGGAAGGAAUCAGCUCAAAAAGAAACGUGAAGUAAUUAAAAAUCUGAGAUAUUGGUAACAAAGAUCAUGGAAUGAAAGCAGGGGAUCAGCAAUGACCUGGCUCAGUGCUGCCCCAAGUAACUGCACCGGGAUCAUGACCUCUGCCAAUGCCUGACAGAGCAUCCUCUCCUUCAGGCACCGUGAGCAGCCUACCUGCCAGCUAGUGGAGUGCUGGUAUAAAAGGUAACACUCAGAGACAAACAUUUUGGGAAUGCUUAUGCGACGUCAUGAGGUGCUUUCUCACCAACGUGUGCCUUAGCAGAUUGUAGCAAGCAACACAGGUACUAAGGGCUAGAGAACCCAGGAGAUAGGGAUGUGAACACAUGCUCCCAAAAAUGUUAUGUGCCUGUAACCCACACUUCCUUCCAGCGUGUGUAUGUGUGUGUGAUCAUGUGUACGUGGAUGGGAGUGGGGAGGUAGGGGCUAGAGCUUUUUGAGACAAGUUUUGGAAGGGUGGAAGCGUGUAACCAACAUCUUUGAAGUGUGUAGUACUCUGAAAUAUGUUGUAUUAUCAAUAUGAUCUUGAAUACAGGGUUCAUUGGUUGCUGGCCGGUUCUGUUCCAAGAAUAAAACAAUAAACAGCUUUGAUCCACAUUCAGGACAGUCUAUGUGAAUGGAGCAAGCCUGGCUGAGAAAGUGGCGCUCAUAUCCUGUGAGCUCCAGGAAAGAAAUUCUGAGGCUGGGAUUUGGGUAACAGGUUAGAGACACUGGGCUCAGCAGGGUGGCCCAUCUGAGCGUACCAUUGCAAUGCUGUAGUUACAUGCUUUGUCAGAUGAGAGGGAGUUCAAGUUCUUCUGCCAAAGUUCUAUGUGAUCUCUUGGAGUUUCUUUGAAGAGGAUGGCUAAGGAGAGGAAAGGAUUCCACCAGCAUCAUUAUGUGAAGCUUCUGGCUUCUCACAAUGGUUUAUUUGGUUAAUCCAAAGUCCUGAAACCACCCUCUCCAAAUCAGAGCUUGCCACCCUCCACGCUAUUGUGCUUUCCAGCUGUGUGACAACAAGCAGGAACUUCACGCACUGGGAACUGCUGGGGUUUAUAAGUUUGUUUCACUGCUAAUUGGGUUGUUUCCCCUUUUGUUUUAUCUUCUGUCCAUGUGUGGGGGCACCAGAUACGCAAGAUAUUACACAUGCUUGUUUUGUUUCAUCUCUGGGAGGGACUUGUGAAAGAAAACUGACUAUAGCAGAAGAGACAGGCACCAUUGCCUUAUGACUACAUUACAGCUAUUAUCUCUGGGCUGCAGGAACAUUCGUGUCAUUAGAAAGCAUGCAGGCUGAAGCUGUGCCUCUUGAUGAAUUCCUAAAACGUUCAAGUUGAAUUUCAAUCCAUUGUUGUGUUUUUCUCCUUGUGUAUAACUUCUGUCUCACCAUUUUGAUUUGGCACAGGGCUGGGAGAACAACUCGGUUUUGGUUGGUCUGACAAAUAAAGUGAAUUGUUUUGUUUUUUUCUUUAAUUUCACAAGUAAAUAAUAGAAAUGUUUUUCCUCGUUUUCAAAGCAGUUGUUACGUGUGGGGCUUUUCUUGUGCUUUGGUGUGUAUCUUAGAGGAAAAUCCAUUUGCAAAGGAAAAAAAAAAUAGAUUUUAUUUAAAAAUUGCCAACCUUAAAAAUGGUGCCAAUGGCAACUUCAGGCUUUUCUCUCUGAGCUACAAUUAUUCAUUCAUAUUUUGGUUGACCAGAGUCUCCAUUCUGAGCAUAAAUGCAAUUCUGAAGCGGCAAUUAAAAAUCGGUGCUCCCUGCCUCUCGUGCUGACCGAUGUGGUAGCUGGAAUUUUAAUUCAUGUGAUGAUCCCUUUAGCAUUUGCCAGGUAGUAAUAGAUGUGGCUUAUCUAACUUUCUCUUUCACUCUUCAUAAUAUUUUUCCCAUCAGACGGUUUUGGAAGUUUAUUCAGUGUGUAUUUACUCUUCCCCAGAUGAUGAGAUGAGACAGAAAAUCAAGUAGGAAAGGAAAUGCCUCUGGCAUGCCAUAAAGGUCACUGUAACAAUCUCAUAAUCUCAUUUCCUCUUUAAAGUUUACCUGGGAGUCCCAAACUUUUUUUUUUCAUGCCUUAGCUCUGCCACUAUGUAAAAAAGGAACUCAAGCCCCAUGUUGCAAUUCUGUGGUAUUGCGGUGAAACGGAGCAUCCCUUUCAGAGUUUACAAGUGUUUAUAAGGCGGCCGGCGCUCUGCUUCCUUCAGAUCACACAGCCAACCUGUCCAGCGACUUCAGCACCCGGCGGCGCAGGAAAAGAUGUCUCACCUGCUAUUUGCCUUACUUUCAUUACUUUCCUUUGCUGCCCUUCUGGAAGCACAGUGGAAACUUAGAGAGAAUGUGUAUGUCAUAGAAUCUGAGUGGAACGAUGAGACACCAGCUAAAAAAGUGAAGCUCACCUGUGACACAUCUGAUGAAGCACUGCCAGUUUACUGGAAAAAGGGAACAGAACUGAAAGGAACUGGAAAGACUCUGACCACCGAAGUGAAGGAGUUCCCAGAUGCUGGCAACUACACCUGCCUGUCUGCUAAGACCCACGAGAUUAUCAGCUACAGUUUCUUUCUCAUAACUAAAGUAGACUCCAAUGGGCAAAUGAUACGGUCAAUUCUGAAAAGCUAUAAAGAGCCAAGCAAGACGUUCUUAAAAUGUGAGGCAAAGAACUACUCUGGAAUUUUCACAUGUUCAUGGAUGACAGAAAAUGAGAGUCCAAGUGUGAAGUUCACAAUUAGGAGCCUAAAAGGCUCUCAAGGAGAUGUAACCUGCAGCAGCCCUGUGGCUCGCACUGAUAAAUCUGUGACUGAAUACACUGCCCAGUGCCAGAAGGAAAACUACUGUCCAUUUGCCGAAGAGCACCAGCCGACUGAGAUGUUCCUGGAGGUCAUUGAUGAGGUGGAAUAUGAGAACUACACUAGCAGCUUCUUCAUCAGAGAUAUCAUAAAGCCAGACCCACCUCAAUGUCAGUAUGCAAGCACAAAUGGAACUGUGACCUGGACAUAUCCCAAGACCUGGAGCACACCGAAGUCCUACUUCCCUUUGACUUUCAGGGUCAAAGUUGAAAGCACAAAGAAAUACAAAAGCAAGGUUUAUGAUGCUGAUGAGCAGUCUAUUCAGAUUCCAAAGACUGGGCCAAAAGACAAGAUCUCUGUGCAGGCCAGGGAUCGCUAUUACAACUCAUCCUGGAGUGAGUGGUCCACGCUUUGCAGAUAAGCACCAAGAGAUUGGUAUAAUGCUCCUCAAGAAAGCAAAGGAUGAAUUAAGAUGCGUAAAUGUGCUAAUUAGAAGAAAGAUCUGCAUGUGAGAUUAUUAAGAAGCCACGCCUUAACCUUUUUUUUCCAUAGUAGAUAAGUAUGAUCCUGGUUCUCACAGGUCUUUUAAAUUCCCCAGAUUGGAGUAACACCACUAGCACACAUCAUGUUACAUUAACAUGUAUGGUAUUUUGAAACAUUCCUGUCAGCUAUUAGUGUUGGUUCCAUGUACUUUUGUAUUGCAUUUAUUUAUUGAUCUAUUUAUUAUUUACUUGAUAUGAAUUGCAGUGUCAGUCGAUGGCAGCUGCUAGUCAGGAUGGUUCAUGUGUUAACUUACAGAGAGUGUAACUUAUUGAAAGAACUAUUUAUUAAUUAUUUUAUUGCUAAAUUAUAUAAUUAGUUUAGUAUUUAUUAUUUAUUUAUUUAUUUAUUUAUUUAUUUGAAAUAUAUCAGCACAGAAAACCUUGUCUGAAUGAGGCAGCUCUGUAUCAUACAACCGGGCUACCUUCAUCUUCCAGUCUGACAGUUAACAUUUUAGAAGAAGGAACUGCAGACUCAGAGUCCUGGAAAUGUUACCUGCUGCACUUUUUCAGCUGUUUGUGGUCAAUGGUGCACAUCAUAGGCAGCUGAAAUUAUUUAAUAGUUAACUGCUGUGUAUCUGAUAUUUCAGAGAGCAAUUGACAACUGGUUUCAUAUGUGAAUGUUAAGCAUCUAAUUAAAGUUAGAAUUCUAGAAUAUGGAUUUUCAUAGAUCAUUUCGAAGACACUUCUCUAGUACUGCCAGGAGUGCUUUUGUGUCUUCACAGAACCUUAGGAAAAGAAUAAAAUCCUAAUUCUGAACUGCUUACAGUGUAAGUGCCCAGGUCUGGAAUAAAAAGCACGAGCAUGUGUUGAAGCCCCUAUUUUUUUUUGUCAAACCACCCAAGCUGUGGCUUUCAGGAGGACACAAUGCUUCAGAAUAUCUUUGAGGCCUGGGGCCUUUAUCCUUGAUACCAGAGCAUUGGAAUUAAGAGUCCUCAAUUGUGACCAUGCUUCCUUUUUCUUCCAGUUUCAGAAAUGGGUGGUGAUUUAAAUAUUUAAACAUUGAAACAUAGGAAGUAUCUGAUAUUUCAGAAAACCAUUGCUCAUCUAGCUACAAGCGUUUGUUGCUAUUCUAUUAUUUAAGUAUUGAUAUUUAUUUAUCAUAUUAUUAUUUAUUGCUACUGCAUAUGAUUCUCAUUUCUGCUGUAAACUCAACUUACUUCAUGACAUUUGUUUUAUAAAGGAGCUAAUAAACACAUCUGAAAAAA